AUGGAAAUCUUAAGUCGCAAUCUUAGUAAUGAUAACGGCAGACAACUCGUUGUUUCUAAUGAGACAAUUAGAAGCUGUCAUGAUGGGCGAAAGUACGCGCCUAGAUAUCCGUGUUACUUCUGGCUCCUAUUCUGCCGUCUUCUUCAAGCGCAGUUAUUGACAUACGACGGUAAUUACAUAGAGUGCACGGUGCAUCAGUGCAUAAGCGGAUGUGAAGAAUUAUGGAAAUCGCGAACUUAUUAUUAUCGGAUCGCGAGAUCCAGCGCAGGCUGGUGGGUGUUCCUGCAGAUGAUUUAUCUAGAUAAUUUUAUCGAGAUAAUGAAAAGCCCUGGUUAUCGUGGACUACGAAUCGUCUUAGUCGAGAACAUUUCGACGAUCGUGGAAUUAUUUGGUGAGCCGUCAGAUUUGGAAAGUAUUAUCGGAGCGCGGCACCUCUUUAUUAUACUCACGGCGACGCAGCGUUGCGCGACGAGACGGGAACGUUGCGACCCACCGGCCACGCCGAGAAUGUGGCUCAGCAGUAAGCGUGAUGAAUUUGCUCAGGCGAUCGUUUGCGAGAGCGUGAAUAAAGCGUUGCUCCUUGGCCUGGUAAGAAUGAGGCGGAGCGAUCGUGAUGGCCAGGUCGCGCGGCAGGGCCCACCGCCCUUCCGGGUGCUGGCCGUCCCCGACAACAUGUACCUGUCGCCACCGCCCCCGCGCGCCCCCGAGCCCUACAAGGUCGCCCCGACGUCGACGUCCCUCGGCAGGGCACAUCGUCGUUCCAGCUUCGUGAUACUCGCUGAGUCCAGGCCGGCGAGUCCAGAAACUGGCGAUGCGUCGUCCACCUUGCCGACCGGGAGGGUCUCGCCCUUUCGCGGACGUGGCUUCAAAGGGCCACCUCCUCGCUCGAUGUCGAGGCCGCAGUCGCCGGAAGUCGCCGUAGACGGACGUCGACGUAAAGUCGAACGAAGGGUGUCGUUGUCGCAACAGAACAGCCCCAGAAGAAGUCUAAUACCGCAGCCGACUUAUCGUCAGCGGUCCACCUCCCUGACGAAGGAUAACGAGCGUUCGCCGUCACCGAAGAUUGGUCGCCGCGUCGACUCGAGGACGCGACUGAAUGCCACGGACUCGCGAAAUCGAUUGAACGCGGCCGAUUCGAAGUCUAACGUUAACAACAAUUCGACGGCGACGCGUCGACAGCCGACGAAAGGCACGACGCGACUCUCGCCGAUCCAAGGCACCCCGACGAAACCAGAGAAGACGACCCCUCGAUCGAACGUAAGAGAAAAGGACGCCACGAAACAAUCUCCCACGAAGACAACGAGAAGAACGACGUCGCCGCAGAAGAGCAACGCCGCCGCUCGAAAGGACAAUCAGAGCAGGAGUCCCAGCAAGGAAUGUCUCCUUUCGCCAUCGAAGAUUCCUCUGAAGGCGAACAAGGCGAACGGUACGUCGAGCACCGGCAGGUUCAUCUCGAUGCGGGAGCAGAGCACCGGCAAGGCGGAAAGGUUCGCGAAAGAAAGCAAGAGCGAUAAACAGGCAAGCCAAUUAACGAGUGAAUUAAAUUCGAAGGAGGAUGAAUCGAACGGGAAUCCCACGGCCAAUGCGGACGACGUGGAUCUUAUAGAUCUUCUGAAGCAGACUUCGCAGGCGACCGGCACGUCCAGCGAGCGUUUGGUGAAUACUACGACGACCACAGCGGUGCAACCACUGCACAUCGACGCGAACACGCUUCACGUGGAGCGCAACGACGGCUCGACGACGAAUCAGCAGAAGGAACGGUCCGACGGAGCGCUCAAAUCCUCUCCCAUGUCCAAAAGCGAAUCGCCGUCGACACCGAACGCAGCGGCGUCGACGAGCCAGAAAUCCUCGCCGUUCGUCGAAAAUCAGUCGGUCAAGGCAACUCAAGCGGCUAAUUCUGGUAACGAUAAGAAGGACUCUCCCGUCGGUGGUGCGGAGGGUGGUAGCACCACCGGAGGUCACUCGAAGAGCGGUAGCGUUAAUCAAUCUACGAAGACCGUCAGAAUGAACGAUGAAUCGCGUUCCAGUAAUCAGUCCUCCGCGAAUCAGCGUUCCGUAAGAAACAGUCAGAACGCUCGCGGGUCCAGGCCGAGCGACGGAAAGGCUACGGAAGAAUCGAGAACCGCAUCGACGACGGAGAUCAAGAGCGCUUCCGCGAACAGCAGGACGACCGUGACUCGUGACGUUCCAACCAACGACAAGAUGCCCACGGUGAUGGAAAACGAUUCCAAGGUCAAGGCGGCCGAGGAGGCGAGGACGGUGAACAACGCGACGGCGAUGAGCAACAGUACGAUGACGAAUAACGUGGCGAAGAGUAACAGUAUGAGUCCCGCGGUCGGUGCAGUGAACGCAGGAGUGAACGGUGAUACCGCGGCCGUUCGAACGAGGAACGUGAAUCGCGGUAGCGACGCGUCCCUGAAGUCGUCCACGGACUCGAUCGGGAGCGUGAGGUCGACGGACACGGGGGUGAGCGUGAACACGGUCAGAGGGGUGUCCUCGCCGAGGGAGAAAACGGGGGUGCACACGGUGAAGCGGCCGCAGGAGAUCGAGACGCUCAGCGGUAACAUCGUCCGCGUCGAGCAGAACGGAGAACCAGCUGUCCUGACAUCCAGUAACGAGAAGCAAAGCGAGAGUAAAAAAUUGUUGGCACGUUGGAGGAGAUCCUUGAGUCAAUACUGCAAGUGCUGUUCCAGUAUGAGGUGCUUGGCUUGCCGCAGGGAUCCCAAGGGUCUCCUGUGGACUAGAAAGCAAGACAGGACGACGGUGAUAAACGCUAUCUCGUCGCCUGUUGCAACUCCCGUACUCGACGCACCACCGGCUACAACAAACGCGUUGUCGUGCUGGUCGAAAUUAAAGGCACGAUGCAGGUAUCAGAGAUUCAGGGGGAUGAAAUGUUGUACGAGAAAGUCGAGGAUCGCUCCUGCCGAGCCUACCGUUUGCUGUCCGCCUGAGAGAAGAUGCGGCGUGCUCUGCCGUCGUGCAUUCAGCUGUUGCAAAUGCAACUGCAAACGCGCGGACGCACAGCAACGCACAAGAAACACACGUGCCAAGCACAGCCUUACGAGCGUGGCGCCGCCACCUUUAUCGGAGGAACCGAAGGCUAAAAUACCGGAUGUCUUGGUGGAACACAAUUCUGUCAUGCGAGGCGCCAUUCCUUGUCUGCCGGUCCCCCUCGCUUGGUUUUGUCUUGUGUGGAAUUUUCUACUACCCGGCACUGGAACCGUUUGGAGCGGCCUGUUCAAUCUGUGCACUGGACAGCCGAGAUUCUCUGCCGUCGCCGGAGCGAGAUCACGACUCGGUGCAUUGAUUGUCAAUCUCAUUGUGGGCGUGGGCCAAAUGUUUACCGUUCUGUUCUGUCUCGUUGGAUGGGGCUGGAGCAUUUGGUGGGGCGUCACCAUGGUCCGCUUAGCUAGGAAAUAUAAGCGGUUCAAGAUUUCGGAGGCCACUAACAACGAUCCCGAGGCCAGAGGUGGCGAGCCAGCUGCUCUACCGCCUGGCGUGCCGAGUCAAGCCCUGCGAGGGAUGGAGAGGGCACGAUGA